GGCGCGGAGCGGGCGCGGGGGAAGAUGGAAGGAGCGUCCUUCGGAGCGGGCCGGGCGGGGGGGGCCAUCGACCCCGUGGAUUUCCUCAAGCAGCCGCAGACCCUCCUCCGGGUGACCACCUGGAUCUUCUCCAUCGUGGUGUUCGGCUCCAUCGUCAACGAGUGCUACGUGAACAAGGACAGCCAGCACCCCGAGCUGCUCUGCAUCUUCAACGAGAAUGAGAGCGCCUGCAGCUACGGCAUCGCCGUGGGCGUCAUCGCCUUCUUCGGCUGCAUCUUCUUCUUCGUGGUGGACCUGUACUUCCAGCAGAUCAGCAGCGUCAAGGACCGCAAACGGGCCGUGCUGCUGGACCUGGGCUUCUCAGGUUUCCUGGCCUUCCUGUGGUUUGUGGCCUUCUGCUUCCUGGCAAACCAGUGGCAGAGGACGACGCUGACCAGGGGCUUCUCGCAGGGCGCCGACGCCGCGCGCGCGGCCAUCGCCUUCUCCUUCUUCUCCAUCAUCAUCUGGGUCGUGCUGGCGCUGCGGGCGCUGCAGCGGUACCGCCUGGGCACGGACAUGUCCCUGUUCGCCACCGAGCAGUUCGGCGCCGACCCCAGCGCCUCGUACCCCGGCUACCCCGGCGGCAGCGGCGUGGAGAGCACGGAGACCUACCAGAGCCCCCCAUUCACCGAGACCUUAGAGCCCAACCCCAAAGGGUACCAAGUGCCAGCGUACUGAGGGGCUGCGGCGGUGCCAGCCUCGCCCGCUCCCCAGUGUCUCCAGCCCCGUUUCCUUGCCGUGGCCGGUCAGUGCCGGGUCCCUUUAUUAGCUCGUUGUGCAGUGAAUUCUGUACAGUGGUAUUGGUUCUUGUCUUACCUGUCCCAGGGUUUCUAAAAGCAGUGUUCCCUCUAAGCCAGGAGGAAGGAAGGUUGGCACCACAUCACCUACAGGCGGGGAGGAAGGGGAAAUGUCCCCUCCGAGCUCUGCUGGCAAAGCCCAGGACACCUUUUCCUCUUAGGAAACAGCAGCUGAGGAGUUUUUAUCUCGUUCUUCCAGAGCUAACACAGAAUCCAUCGAGGCUGGGUGGGGAGAGCUGGCCCUGGCUGCUCCCGCUGUGGAGCUUCCAGUCCAGGUCCCAGGAAAGUGCCAAAUUCACAGGGAAAUCAGUGGUGUCUGUGUUGUUUUCCUUUGUGUAUACUUGCUGUACAAAACAAAAAUCCAAACAUGUGUUUCCAAACUUGGUUUAGAGGAACAGAGGGGGCACAGCAGGCCGGGGUUGGGAUCGGUAUCCAGAGUGCUUCUACACUUCAACAGGUUCUGGCUGAGGGUUUCAAAAGUGACUGUUUGAAAGAGGAAACCAGCAGGAGCUGGUUGCUAAAUGGGGAUAGCCUGUGAUCAGUGGGAAUGUGGCACUUUGUGGUUCCAUUUCCUCGUGGGGCGAUUGGGAAAUUUGUAAAUUCCUAAGGAAUUUUUGGUUGGCAGCGCUGACACGUCCUCACUCCAGAGAGGUGAGGACCAAGGUGAGGGGCUCAGUCUUGACAUCCAAGGCCAUUAGGAGCAAUACUGGACUUUUAUUUUGAUUUUGGGAGCAGCCACCAUCUGUCAGCUGCAGCAGAGCCCCGGGUGGGGACACGUGUGUCACCCUGCAGCCUCCAGAAACGAGGGAUUCAGGCAGGGAACUGGAAAGGCUUCAGAGCCCGGGUUUGGAAAUGGUGUGGGAAGAGUCAGUGAAAACCACCCAGGAAGGAGGCUCAGGUUGGGGGUUCAGCUGCAGAGAGCCAGGAAAAGGAUGGAAUGUGUAAAAUCCAGCAGGUCCUGGCUGCCAGCUGCCAGCUUUCCCUGCCCGUGUGGCUGCUGGACCUGGCUGUGUCCCAGAGGGCUGAGCAGAGGGGCUGAAACUUGAAUUCCCAGCCCCAGCUUGAAUUCCCAGCCCCAGCUUGAAUUCCCAGCCCCAACUUGAAUUCCCAGCCCCAACUUGAAUUCCCAGCCCCCGGGGGGCAGCUCCAUCCCUGGGGGCUCCGGGCUCCUGCCUCGCCUGCUCGGCAAAGCCACCACUGCCUUGUGACCUCCUGAGCAGCAAUAGCCACCCCUGUCCCCUCCCUGCCACAGGUCCUGGUCACAGCCACGGCCACAGCUCACUGCUGCUGCUGAGCCGCAGAUCAGCACGCUAAUUAAUGAGCAGCAGAUAAACGCACUAAUUAAGCAGCCAAUCACCCCGAGAGGUCACUGCCGGUGGCGAAGUUCCUUGCCUUGGCUCCAGGUCCUGGCUGUGCCCAGCCCCUCACAGGUGCCUGACCACGGACACCCCAGUGCAGGAUCAGCCUCGAGGAAUUCCGAGAUCUUUGUGGUUUUGUGGAGUCACUUUUGCUGGGAAAUUAAAAAAAAAAAAAAAAACCCCGAGGCUUUUAAUACAGGGUACGGUAGAACUGUAGCAAUAUUUUCCUUAGAGGGAACACUGAAACUUUAGCAGCACAAACAGUACUUGUGUUAAUAUUUUAGCAAAAUUAUAAUCAAUUUAAAUGUUUAAAUUGAUUGUACGUGAGAUAAUGUUCGUUGGGUACGGUGUAUUUUUUUCUAACUAUAAUAUUACUGUUCCAGAGUUUCCGUGUAAGCGUAAAGAGCUAAAGCCGUGUCUGCCUGCGGGACACGUCCUGCCCCGUGUGCCCCCCGUGCUGAAUAUUACACGCUCUGAAUGUCCCCCC